ACCUGCCAGGACUGCCUAGCCUCUCCCUCAUGCCCCUGAAGAGCCCAAUCCAUACACUGUGGAUGACAUUGCUGUCAUUAGAAAAUCUUGUCCUAGAACACCCUGGCUGGUUUGGUUACAGCUCGUGGCAGCUCUUCUCCCUUGGGUCAUGUUCAUCUCCCGGCACCUGCUGUGCACCUGGCUCUGGUGGGACGGCUGAGGAUGGGGCCCCAGCACUGUCCAGGCCUGUUGGGGCCUGGCUGGGAGUCCUAUGGGUGGCGUGGAGGUGCGGCUGGGCUUCCUGUCACCGGGCACCCUCUGGCAUUAUUGCUUGCCUUGUGCCCCAGCCCUUUCCUGCCCUCUUCCUUCCUCUGUUUCCUUGGGGCUACCCCUUGGGCCCUCCUGGUCUGUGCAAACUCCCUCAGGGAGCUUCCUUGCCCUGUAGCCCUCACUUGACUUCCUGGCGAGCUGUCGAGCCCAUCCAGAGGUUGUUUGAGCUCAGUGGGGCAGCUUGUCUCCCUUGGCAUCAGGGAUAUAAGGGUUGGGUUCAGCCAUACAAGAGUGGCCAGGCCCUCAAUCCCAGACUGUCCCAGGCACUGGGCUGGGCACCCAAGGACAUGCUUUCCAGGCUGUGUGGUGACUGCCAGCACAGGGCAUCUCGGGCUGGGCUAGGCUGCGAGGACUUGCGCCUGUGGAAGACAACUCUGGGUUCCUGUUUUCUCUUUUUGCGGGUUUGCUGUGGUUGGCAGCUGCCGUACUCCAGGCCUGUCGCGGCCACUCAGACAAGGGCUGUGGUACGAGCCAGGGUGGACGAGCUGGGCUUGGGUUUGUGCCCUCUCCUGUGUCUGUUCUCCAGACCUACCCAGGCCUCCACCAUCAGGACCCCAUCUUUGGGUUUCAAAGACCAAGGAUGGGGAAGAGCAGGCACCAGCCUCUGCAGCAAUGGCUGUGGACACCAGCUGGGGGAGCCAGGGUCAGGCCCUUCCUCUCCCGGUUCCCCUCUGCUGUGGCUUCUGGGCUAUCAUGUCCCCACCACUUAAGGGUGUCUUUACACUGACUUCAGGAUAGAUGCUGGGAUGCCUGGGCACGGGACUGUCCCCACAUGUUAACGUGUACAGAACUCUGUCUACAGCACAAAUUAAGUUAUGAAAACACAGUGACUGGUAUUUAAUGCUGAUCUACGUUAGUAUUUUAUAUGACUUAGAGAUGCAUAUGUGAUAAAGGACACCCUCCCUCCAGUGUCCACAUCCAGUCCUGCCCCAGAGGGUUGGGCAGGUUGACGUAUUUAUUUUUGUCUCUUCUGUAGGCUUCCAUGUCCAGAAUCCUGCUUAGGGUUUUAGGGUGCCUUUGGUACCUUUUGCAAUAAAAAUAUUUCCCAUCCA